GGCAAGUGAACUGAAGCAGAACAGUUGGAUAUGCUGCUGGCGGAGUGGGCUUUGGAAUGUUAACAUGACACAAUUACAAAAACUGUGUCAGUGUGAAGUAGUGCGUAGGACGACAUGAAAAACAGGCUGUGUCAGGUUCGUGUGUGACCAGAUGCUACAUUAUCACUGACGGGAUGAACUGGGUGGUCGUACUGUGUAUGUCCGGCGGUUGUCUGAUCCUCGUCGGGGGCUGUUUGCUUUACCAUGGACUCGGAAGGCUUCUCUACACUCACACUGGGGGGAAGUGAAUACACAGGAACUUACAUUUUACUCCUGGCAGUCGAGAUCCCUGUUGGGCUGCUGAUGCUGGUGACUUCAUAUACCCUCCUCCAUGUUGCAAGUCUCUACCCAUCUAGACAUCAUUCUAUCAAGUCACUGUACAAGCAGUACAUCUUUCAAACCAAUCGUGUGAAGGCCGUAACAAAAGCAAGACAAACAUUCCACCUCAUUCUGAAAAAUACACAAUCAUGGCAAGAAUCAACUUUGAGAGAUAUACUUAAGAGCUGUUCAAAUACAAUUUAUGGUAAACAUCACAACUUUUCAAAUAUGAAGACAAUGUCAGAGUUCCGGAGUCAGCACCAGUUAACAGAGUAUGAACAUUACAACGGAUACGUCAAAAUGGCUCUUGAAGGAACACUUGACGUUCUCUUCCUCGGUGCUGCAGACUUCUUCAUUGUCACCUCCGGUACCACGACGGGCAAGAGCAAGAUUAUUCCCAGAAACACGCGACUGUUUGUCAACACAAUUACCGUCCCAGGACAAGCAACGAGAGCAGCAAUGUUCGAUAUCCCGGGUCAACAUACACUGAAACGAUGGCUUGAUGUGAGAAUGAUAGAUGCACCCAGGACAAUACGACCAGGUGUGUUCAUGGGUCCCGCCUCCUCCUCCAGUUUCCCCAUCAGUCCAAUCGCCGUCAGUCCAUCUGCUGUUUAUAGGAUCGAGAAGGAGGAAGAUUGUCUCUACGUUCAUGCAUUCUUUGGUCUAAAAGACUUAGACGUAAACUAUAUGCAGUUUAUGACGUCAACCAUUGCCCUUAACUUCUUCCGUAUCAUUGAAGAAAAUGCAGAACGGUUAUGUGAAGAAAUUGAGCAUGGGACUUUGUCCACUGAUCUCAACAUCAGUGAUGACAUACGUGAGGAGCUUCAGACACAUAUCACUCCGGAUCCUGAACAAGCAGCCAUUGUGAGGGAGGUGUUGGUGGAUGGAUGUGAGAACAUUGUGCAGAGAAUGUGGCCAUCAUGUGGCCUACUGAAGUAUACAGCAACAGGAUCAUAUCAACAUGCAGCGGAGAUAUUGAGACAAAAGUACAUAGGGAGUCUUCCAGUGAGUUCCUCCAUGCACAUUUCUUCUGAGGCUGUGUUCGGUGUGUGUGUGGACGUGCCAGAUGACAGUUUACACGUGGAGUACACGAUUCUCCCGCAGUCAAACUUCUACGAGUUUAUUCCAGAAGAACACGUGGAGGAGAAACAACCAGAUACUGUGCUGGCGACUGAAGUAGAAGCAGGGAAAACGUACGAGAUCGUGGUCACCACUACACUGGGCCUGUACAGGUACCGGAGUCAUGACCUGGUGGAGAUCGUAGGCUUCAACCGAGACAGCGCCGAAAUACAGGUUUUGUCGGAGAACUGGAGAAUGUCUAAGCGCGAAUGUUGACAAGUAUCCAGUACAGGUGUUUGAGGAAGCCAUGAACAUGACUCAGCUGAAAUGGAAAUGUAACAUCGAGGAUUAUAUGGCCACUGAAAACAUAAUAAUUGCUAAAAUGAAUGGUACAGUUCCCACGAAAUGCUUCUACUACGUGUUCCUGGAGAUG